AUGUUUCCCUUGGCCAGAUAUGUACUAAAUAGUCUCAAGCUUCGAAGUAUUCAGCAAAUUAUGACAAGACAGAGCCAAACAAAGCCCUCAGCCGAUUUUCAUAACAAAUAUGGCAAUAUUUUGCUAAUUAGUGGAUCUGUUUUCUGUUUUGUUGGAUAUGUGUUUUAUAUCACACAGAUGGAAAUACCGUGGAACCUAUCUCCUAUUGGUAGAGUUACUCCAAAGGAGUGGAAUGCUAAGUAA